AUGGCUGGCAGAGGAAGAGAGAUAGCAGAAGUCUGCAAGGAAAGAAGCAUCGACAUCCUCUGUGUGCAGGAAACCAAAUGGAGUGGAAAGAGUGCAAGAGUUUUACUAGAAGGACACAAGAUAUAUUACACAUAUGCACCACAGACAGGAGAGGCAGAUGAAGAAAAGGAAAUGUUCAUGGAGAACUUUGAGCGAAUAAUAAAAGACAUACCAGGAAGUGAGAAGGUCCUUGUGGGAGCUGAUUUCACCGGACAUGUAGGCAAAAGAUCAGAUGGGUACCAAAGAGUUCGUGGUGGUAAAGGGCAUGGCCAGAGGAACACAGAGGGAGAGAGAAUCCUAGAAUGUGCCGAAAGCCUCGACAUGGCAGUUGUCAAUACCUUCUACCAAAAGAGAGAUGAACAUCUCAUCACAUUCAAGAGUGGGCAACAUGCCACACAGAUUGACUACGUGAUGAUAAGAAGUGCGGACCUGAAGAGUGUCAGGAAUUGUAAGGUCAUUCCAGAAGAGGCAGUUGUGACACAGCAUAGACUCCUAUGUGUGGUGCUCAAGAUCAAACAAGAGAAGAAACGAAAGCCAAAAACACAGAAGCGGAUCAAGAUCUGGAAACUGAAAGGGGACAAGAUCAUAGAGUUUCAGAAAUAG